AUGGGAGAAACUGAGGAAAGAAUUGAAACUCAUAGAAUAAGAUGUCUUUCCAAGUUGAAGAUGUUUCUGUUGGCAAUAACAUGUGCAUUUGUAUCCAAAACACUAUCCGGAUCUUAUAUGAAUUCCAUGCUCACACAAAUAGAAAGACAAUUCAACAUCCCAACAUCUCUAGUUGGACUUAUUAAUGGAAGUUUUGAGAUUGGAAAUCUUUUGUUGAUUAUAUUCGUGAGUUAUUUUGGAACAAAACUGCAUAGACCAAUAAUGAUUGGUGUUGGAUGUGUGGUUAUGGGGCUAGGGUGUUUCUUGCAAUCACUACCUCACUUCCUCAUGGGCCGAUAUGAAUAUGAAUCUACAGUUUCAGUUUCCGGCAAUUUGUCUUCAAACAGUUUCUUGUGUAUGGAAAAUGGAACCCAGAUUUUCAAACCAACAGAGGACCCAUCAGAAUGUGUGAAGGAAGUUAAAUCAUUAAUGUGGGUGUAUGUAUUAGUAGGAAAUAUUGUACGUGGAAUUGGUGAAACUCCCAUCAUGCCUUUGGGUAUUUCCUACAUAGAAGAUUUUGCCAAAUCUGAAAACUCUCCUUUGUAUAUUGGGUUAAUCGAAACAGGAGCUAUCAUUGGUCCUUUGAUUGGUCUUUCAUUAGCGUCAUUCUGUGCAAAUAUUUAUGUUGACACUGAAUCGGUGAACACAGAUGAUCUGACCAUAACUCCCACUGAUACUCGUUGGGUUGGUGCAUGGUGGAUUGGCUUUUUGAUUUGUGCAGGAGUGAAUGUGCUCACUGCCAUUCCUUUUUUCUUUUUGCCCAAAACGCUUCCAAAGGAAGGACUAGAACAUAAUGCUGAGAUCAUUAAAAAUGACAAAGAGAAACAAGAAGAUGUCAAGAAGAAAAGGGAUGGAAUCACUAAAGAUUUUUUACCCUUCAUGAAAAGUCUUUUAUGCAACCCAAUUUACAUGCUUUUCAUACUGAUAAGUGUGCUGCAGUUCAAUGCAUUUGUCAGUAUGAUUUCCUUCAUGCCUAAAUAUAUGGAACAGCACUAUGGAAAAUCAGCUUCAGAGGCAAUCUUUCUCCUUGGUAUUUAUAACUUCCCUCCAAUAUGCAUUGGCUAUAUAGUUGGCGGUUUAUUUAUGAAGAAGUUCAAGAUUACUGUCGUACAAGCUGCCCACAUAGGAUGUUGGUUAUCUUUUACUGAGUAUCUUCUCCAUUUUUUGUGUUUUUUCAUGAUCUGUGAUAGUUCUUCAGUUGCUGGCAUAACCACGUCUUAUGAAGGAAUACAUCAAAAUUUACAUGUGAAAAAUUUUCUUGCUGACUGCAACAUGGAUUGUAACUGUCCAACUAAAGUAUGGGACCCUGUGUGUGGAGACAAUGGCUUGUCAUACAUGUCAGCUUGUCUUGCUGGUUGUGAGAUAUCCUCUGGCACAGGAAGAAAAAUGGUGUUCCAAAAUUGUAGCUGCAUUCGAACACCAGGAAAUUCAUCUGCAGUUCUUGGGCUAUGUGAUAAAGGAAAGGACUGUUCCAUGAUGCUACAGUACUUUUUAAUCUUGUCCAUGUUCAGUAGUUUCAUAUUUUCCUUAUCUGCCAUACCUGGAUAUAUGGUUCUCCUGAGGUUUGUCAAGCCUGAAGAGAAAUCUCUUGGUGUGGGAUUACAUGCAUUUUGCACACGAGUAUUUGCUGGAAUUCCUGCACCUAUAUAUUUUGGAGCUUUAGUGGACUACACAUGUUUACACUGGGGAACUUUGAAGUGUGGUGAGUCAGGGGCAUGCAGGAUAUAUGAUUCCAACAGCUUCAGAUACAUCUAUCUUGGAUUACCGGCAGCAAUAAGAGGAUCGAGCUAUAUUCCAGCCUUUUUGAUUCUCUUUAUUUUGAGGAAGUAUCGACUACCUGAGGAAAAUGCCCCUUCAGAAACUAUGCUUGUGGCAAAGUAUAAAGGGAAGGAAAAUGAGGGCAAAGAAGUGGAUCAAAAUGCCAAAGUUUUGAAUGAUGAUGAAUUGAAAACAAAGCUAUAA